ACUCUCUGUUGCCCGCAUUUUAUUCUCGGAAAAAAAUAAAGUAAAAAUACGGGGUGGCUCCCUGCGGGUCAUAAGACGUUCGAGCAUUUAGAAACCGAUACUCUCCCUCUUCCUUUCUUCCUUCCUUCUUUCUUCGCUUCAUUCUGUCUCCUUCCUCCUCUCCUUCCUUCUCUCCUUUCAUCAACGCUUUCUCUUGCUUAUUUUUUUGUUAUUUCAUGGCAGGACAUCGUAGCCCUAUUACUUGCCAUGUGCUGGACUCGUCUUGCGGCAGACCUGGUCGCAACGUGCCCGUGAAGCUCGAGAUUCUCAACACCGCUGCCAAUAACUCUUGGGCCUCCGUUGCCUAUGGUUUGACAGAUUCCGAUGGUCGAGUGGGAACACUAUUGGAUCCUUCACAUCAACUUGUGGCCGGCAUUUACCGUAUGACAUUCCAAACUGCUGAGUACUGGGCUUCCCAAGGCAUCUCUGGUUUUUAUCCUUACGUUCAGAUCGUCUUCGAAGUCACUACUGGCGCAGAGGCACAGCAUUAUCACAUUCCACUUCUACUCAGCCCAUAUUCAUACACAACCUAUCGUGGAUCAUAGACAAC